AUGGGCUCCGCAGCAGAUUGGUUCCGCCCCGCCACGCUCUGCGACACCGCAGAAGCUGCCGCACAGCUGGGGUUGUUCGAGGAGCACUCCGACCUGCUGGAGCUGUUCGAGCGCUUCCGGUCGCUGAAGACGCGCGAGGAGCAGGCGAGCAGCAUGGAGCUGGCCGAGCACGCCACCACCGUGAUGAACUCGCUGGACGAGGCCAUCCGGGCGCUCGACGACGCCGACACCUUCUUCACCUUCGUGGAGCAGGUCGGCGCGUCGCACCGCCGCAUCCCGGGCUUCCAGCCGGAGCUCUUCUGGAAAAUCGAGAAGCCUUUCCUUGAGGCAGUGAAGACGACGCUGGGAGACCGGUACACGGACAACGUGGACACUCUCUACCGGGCGACCAUCAAACUCAUCAUUGAGACUCUCAUCAACGGAUACAACAACGCACAGGACAACCCGCAGACGCAGGAGAAGGAGCAGUCCUCGUGA